GGCCAUGGGCGGCCGUGGCCCAUGGCGCGGCCAGCCUGAGUCCCGCUGAACUUUCCGGGACGGCCAUGGGCGAUCGCGAGCGCAACAAGAAGCGGCUGCUGGAGCUGCUGCAGUCGGUGGGCACCGGCAACGCGCACUGUGCCGACUGCGGGGCUGCAGAUCCUGACUGGGCCUCUUACACGCUGGGACUCUUCAUUUGUCUGAAUUGUUCUGGUGUCCACCGCAACUUCCCUGAUGUCAGCAAAGUUAAAUCCGUGAGACUUGACUUCUGGGAUGACAACCUUGUGGAGUUUAUGACCCACAAUGGGAACCGCCGUGUGAAGGCCAAAUAUGAAGCCAGAGUCCCUAUUUUCUACUAUGUCCCUCAGGAUGACGACUGCUUGGUCUUAAAGGAACAAUGGAUUCGAGCAAAAUAUGAGAGACAAGAGUUUAUGACUGAUGGGAAAAUCAUCUCGUCCCCAGGUAACCGAGAAGGGUUCCUAUGGAAGCGGGGAAGGGACAAUGCACAGUUCCUGAGAAGAAGGUUUGUUCUGCUGGCAAGAGAAGGCCUCCUGAGGUACUACACUAAAGAAGAGGGUAAAGGCCCCAAAGCUGUCAUCAGCAUCAAAGACUUGAAUGCCACCUUCCAGACAGAGAAGAUAGGGAAUCCCCAUGGCCUGCAGAUCACCUACAGGAGAGAGGCUCACAUCAGGAACCUGUUUGUGUAUCAUGAAAGCGGGAAGGAGAUAGUGGACUGGUUCAAUGCCCUUCGUGCAGCCCGUCUGCAAUACCUAAAAACGGCCUUUCCUGAACUUCCGGAAGCUGAACUCGUGCCUCUUAUCACCAGGAAUUACCUCAAACAAGGCUUCAUGGAAAAGACUGGUCCAAAGCAGCGAGAACCUUUCAAGAAACGGUGGUUUGCCCUGGAUCCUCAAGAGCGAAGACUGCUCUACUACAAGAACCCACUGGAUGCCUUUGAGCAGGGCCAGGUUUUUAUCGGGAGCAGUGAGCAGGGCUACGAUGUCUAUGAAGACCUGCCCAAGGGCAUCCGAGGGAAUCGCUGGAAAGCUGGCCUCACCAUCGUCACUCCACAGAGGAGAUUUGUCUUCACCUGCCCCACGGAGAAGGAGCAGCGGGAAUGGCUGAAGAGUCUGAGGGAUGUCCUGGCCCGUCCCUUUACCCCCCUCAGCAUCCUCCCUGAGGUCCCUCCCCGCUGGGCAGCUCGUGGGGCCUGGAACUCCUUCCCACUCAAGAAGGAAGGCUGUUUUCAGCAUGCCUUCUCUCCUGGGAUCCUCUCUUCUGCCCGCCUCUCUCCUGCUCCUUCUCUUCACCCUCCAUGGAUGAGUCACAGUGGGCUUUCCUAUUUGCUGACAGCAUUCUACAUCAACAGAGAGUGGCCACAGCAGCAGGUGACCACUGGCCAUUCAGGGCUCCUGGUGGAAGGAGAGGUUCUCCCCUUGGACCUGUUGCCCAGCAUAGGUGUCCUACAGUCAGCAACCAUCCUGGAGUGA